AUGUCUGCUAACACAUCUGAAGAAGCAGCCGACUACGACAUGGCAAAGAACCACCUCGAGGCCGCCCUAGAUAUUUACACGAAACACGGCCACGACAGCAAUGAAGCUUUCCGCCGCAUUGUCAAAGUCCUUGGAGACUUGACGCGCUCCGCCGACACAUCAGCUUCCAAUGAACCUCCCCCCAAGACCUCCGAGAAAGCAGCAGCCGAAGCGAAAGACAACAUCGCGCACGACAAGGACCCUUACUCCGACUUUGUCCUCGCUCUCCAUGACGCGGACGACUGUAUUCUACACCGUCGAUGGGAUCGGCCCCUCCGACCGGGGAAGAAGUUGAAUUUUGCUUGUGAUUGCCGACGGAAGUUCUACUCGAUCCCAGCUCCUCAACUUCGCGAGGGAGUGGCGGUGACGGGAGAUGGUGAGAACCUAUCUGUGGAGCGCCAGACCCGGGACGACAUCGAGGGAAGGGUCAAUGAAGAUAUGCAAGAGGGACACGAAGGUGGCUCCUCUUGGCCUUCGAAGCGGAUGAAGAUGACCAAGGAAAGAGUGGCUUGUGUGUGGUGUAUGGCUAGGUGCAUUUAUGGUGUACCAAACUUAUCCCUUCACGUUGACAGCACAUUACAAGGCAUACAGGUUUACCUCCAGUAG